GAGGCCAUCUCUUUCUCUGUUCGCCCACUGCCUCUCUUAUCCUUACCUCCUCCGCGUUGCUGUUAGGCCUCUCCUCUAUAAACCCUUCUUCUUCAAUCUCCUCCUCUCCUCUCCCACCUUCGACUUUCACAAAAUGGCUUCUACUUCUGCCACUUCUAUUUUGAAACCCUUAUCCAAGGCAGACCCUUGCCUUCUAUCCCUGCCCUCUGUAUUCACCUACAGAGCCCCACAGUCCUUUCUCUCUUUCCCUUCCAAGUUCAUCCCCUUUCACCUUUCUUCCUCCCAUUCCUCUGUCUUUUUCCCCUCAAAGAAGAAACCCCAUCUUUCUUCCCUCAUUGCUUCUGUGGCCCAAGAAGACGACACCAUCACCAUUGACCAGAAACUCGCCGGCGACGAAGAAGGUUGGGGGGGUGAAGGCGAAGAGGUUGGAGGAAGUGAGGCCGAAGGGGGGCUUUUGGAGUUGGGAGAGGACGAGGAAGAAGAAGGGUCUUAUGUUGAACCAAAUGAAGAUGCUAAGUUGUUCGUUGGGAAUUUGCCUUAUGACGUUGAUAGUCAAAAGCUAGCAAUGCUCUUUGAGAAGGUUGGAACUGUGGAGAUUGCUGAGGUUGUUUACAACAGAGACACAGACCAGAGUCGUGGUUUUGGGUUUGUGACAAUGAGUACUGUUGAAGAAGCUGAGAAAGCCGUGGAUGCCUUAAACCGUUAUGACUUAUCAGGGAGGCUGUUGACGGUAAAUAAGGCUGCCCCAAGAGGUUCUAGGCCAGAACCCACACCUCGAACAUUUCAAUCCGCUUACAGACUCUAUGUAGGUAAUCUUCCAUGGGAUGUUGAUAAUGCACGCUUGGAGCAGGUUUUCAGUGAACAUGGCAAAGUAGUAGAUGCUCGGGUUCUUUACGACCGGGACAGUGGCCGUUCUCGUGGCUUUGGCUUUGUUACCAUGGCUGAUGAAACUGGAAUGAAUGAUGCCAUUGCUGCUCUGGAUGGACAGAGUAUAGAUGGAAGGGCAAUCAGAGUAAAUGUUGCAGAGGAAAGACCUAGGCGCAACUUCUGAGGUGAACCAAGAUGAAUCCAUGGACCUUUUUCUCUUGUUAUGUGUUACCUUUUUUUGUUUCCAGGAAGUAUAGGUGAGUUUUUGUAGUGCCAUUGUUUAGCCACCUUCGUAAAGGUAUAAUUUGAUGUCCUUUAUGCCUUUAAAAUUUCAAGUCUGUUCUUAAUUUGAAUCUUGUAUGAGUUAAAAUUACUACUCUCUCUGGA